UACAGCCCAGUUGCUGCUAGCGGGGUGCGUUUUAGGAUUUUGACCUGUUACAAUGCUAUUGCCAUGAGGGUGGAGGUUCUUGGCUGCGACCGUUGGUAUGUGCCGAGUCCGUGGUCAGAGUGCAGUACCGCGGUCGGAGAUGGAAGUAAAAGUAGAGACCUACUCUGCAACCCCGCGGAUUCUGACACGGCCUGUCCUGCCACAGUGGAACAGUCGGAGAUACAGAUGUGCCAACCAGUUAACGGUAGCUGGUCUCCGUGGGGCCUGUGGUCCAGCUGUGACGUAACCUGUGGAGAAGGGUUACAGAUGAGGAACCGAUCAUGUGACAGCCCCGCACCUGCCAAUGGCGGGCUGUACUGCUCCGGGAACGACACCGACUUUCAACUGUGUACAAGAGCUCCGUGUCCUGUUAACGGCAACUGGUCUCAGUGGAGCUCCUGGUCUGCCUGUGACGUCACGUGUGGAUUCGGCAGCCAGUGGCGCAACCGCAGUUGUGACAAUCCUCCUCCUCAACAUGGCGGCGAGAACUGUACCGGAAGUUCCGUGGACCUUCAGAGUUGUGGAGGACUGCCAUGUCCGGUUAACGGCAACUGGUCUCAGUGGAGCUCCUGGUCUACCUGUGACGUCACGUGUGGAUUCGGCAGCCAGUGGCGCAACCGCAGUUGUGACAAUCCUCCUCCUCAACAUGGCGGCACGAACUGUACCGGAAGUUCCGCGGACAUUCAGAGUUGUGCAGUUCCGCCAUGUGCGGUUAACGGCAACUGGUCUCAGUGGAGCUCUUGGUCUGCCUGUGACGUCACGUGUGGAUUCGGCAGCCAGUGGCGCAACCGCAGUUGUGACAAUCCUCCUCCUCAACAUGGCGGCGAGAACUGUACCGGAAGUUCCGCGGACCUUCAGAUUUGUGAAGGACCGCCGUGUGCGGUUAACGGCAACUGGUCUCAGUGGAGCUCCUGGUCUACCUGUGACGUCACGUGUGGAUUCGGCAGCCAGGCGCGCAACCGCAGUUGUGACAAUCCUCCUCCUCAACAUGGCGGCGACAACUGUACCGGAAGUUCAGUGGAAGUUCAAACUUGUGAAGAGACGCCAUGUGCGGUUGAUGGGAAUUGGUCCGUGUGGAGUUCGUGGUCCACUUGUGACGUGAGUUGUGGUGUUGGGUACAAGACACGGAACCGAAGUUGUAACAACCCAGCGCCACUAUACGGCGGGGCAGACUGCAAUGGGACCUCGAACGACAUACAGUUGUGCGAUUCCCUGCCUCUCUGUAAAGUUGAUGGAGGCUGGUCUCAGUGGGAGGCCUGGUCCAACUGUACCGUGACCUGUGCGGGUGGCACCAGGACCCGAAGCCGCACUUGCGAUCAGCCGCCGCCCCAAAAUGGUGGACGCCGCUGUAACGGUGACUCCACCCAGUCAGAAACUUGCACCGGACAAGUAGAUCCGUCUUGCUACGUCGAUGGCGUUUGGUCACCCUGGAGUCUUUGGACUACGUGUAUGACUGUGUGUGGACUCGGCAACCAGACACGGAACCGUACCUGUAGUCAGCCCCUGUACGGAGGAGCGAACUGUACCGGAGAAGAAGACGAAACACGGGCGUGUACAGGUCCACUGGAGCCACACUGUACAUCUACUGCCGACCCAUCCGCCAGUACCGUACCAGUAACAACUCCUUCACCUGACCCUUUAGCUCCGUCAGACGGCGGAACUAUGGAGGAGUUCUCGCGGUGGGAGACGGGAGAGGCGCUACCUGAGGAUUAUGACGCAGAGGCAAGUCCUGUCGACAUGUCCAAAGCUGGCUCUCCGGACACUUUCUCUACACUGGAGGCAAAAGUCCACUUCAAGCGCCGCCUGCCGUACUACGUCCUCCGGGUCUUCACCCCCACAGCCACGGUCGUCGCCGUGUCCUGGAUGUCCUUCUGGGUGCACUACUCCGAGACAUCCGCUAGGGUCGCACUGGGCUGCACAACCUUCCUCAUGCUCGUUCGUCUCGGCAGUCAAAUUGAGAAAAUGCCGCAUAUUUCCUACAUACGAGCCAUUGACCUGUGGUACGUGUUCUGCCUGGCCUUUGCGUUCAUGGUGAUCGUUGAGUACGCCGUGGUACACCAUCUGCACAAUCCUCAAAACAAGAAGGUAAAACAGAAGGAAAAGAAGGAAAGAAAGACCGUCCCCAGCCCCCGUAAGUCUCAGGAGGACGAGUCGGUUGCGGUUUCACCGCGCACACGCUUCGCCCAGGCGGUAAAGCAGGCACGGGCACGGCCGCCCAGCGCCGGGAGGAGCAGGGUCUCCCCGGAUCCUGGAGCUCAUGAUCACGCCAAGUCGUCGGGCAAACCCGUCAAGGUGAAGCCCUCAGGCUGGGAACUGAUCAUCCCACCCACCAGCCGGCACGCGUCCUCCAAGCCGGCCGGGGGACAGGACAGCGCACGCCGACAAGGCGACGGUAGAAGUACGCUGGUACAGGGGGCAGAUGCUAAUACCACGUACCAUGUGAUGCAGGGACAAACAACAAGGAAGCGGAGAAGGUACCGCGGUACGCAGGGGGAACAGGGAGACUUGGCGACCACCACGUCUCCUACACAGAAGACUCUACACAAGGCCAAGGGACCACCUCAGGACAACCCGUCUACCUCCUCAGGCAGCGCCGCUCCUCCAGAGUCCAUCCCCGAGGAACCACCAGCUGCAGCCAACGAACAGAAGAAAGCCGAGAAGAACCCGGAGGUAGUCUACAAGAAACCGUGCAACAUUGACGUGUGGUCCAGGGUGAUCUUUCCUGUCGGGUUUCUAUUGUUCUCCAUCAUAUACUGGGCGUAUUAUCUGUAUAACUAACU